AUGAAGCUCUCUCCCAAGUUCCUCGCUCUUGCGGUUGCCAUCUCCCCCGUUGUUGCUCAAGAGGCUUCAACCACCGGCAUCGGCGGUCUCAUUUGGGAUGCCCUUACUCCUCUUAAGCCUCUCGUCCAGACCGACUUGCUCCAGCUCUUGAUCAGCGACCGCGCUCUCUUCAACCACGCUAAGCAGUUCGCCAAGUUCGCUGCUGACGAGGGACACCGCGCGUUCGGUUCGCCUGGCCACAACGCGACCGUUCAGUACAUCAAGAGGGAACUCGAGAAGACUGGCUACUACGACGUCGAGCUCCAGACCUUCCCUUACCUCUACUCUGAGGGCAGCGCCAAAUUCUCCGCCAAUGGCACCGAUUACUCCACCGGCUGGUUCACUUAUGGUCCCGCUGGUGAUGUCGAGAAGCCUCUCGUUCCCGUGGACAACCUUGGCUGCACCUUGGGUGACUACCCCGCCGAAGUCUCGGGCAACAUCGCGCUCAUCAAGCGUGGUGAGUGCGAGUUCGGUUUGAAGACCUCCCUUGCCGGUGCCGCGGGUGCUGCUGGCGCCAUCAUCUACAACAACGCUGAGGGCGAUGUUUCUGGUGGUACUCUUGGCCAGAUCAACCGUCCUGAAGGCCCCUACAUCACUGUCGGCUCCAUCUCCGGCGCUGCUGGCGAAGCACUUGUGGCUGACAUCAAGAACGGCGUUGAGAUCGUCGGUCACCUCAAGGUCGAUGCUGUGACUGAGGAUCGCUGGUCGAGCAACGUUAUUGCCACCACCAAGAACGGAGACAGGAACAACAUCGUCUUCGCUGGUGGUCACACCGACUCCGUCCCUGCUGGUCCUGGUAUCAACGAUGACGGAUCUGGUACCAUUACCGUCCUCGAGAUUGCCCUCAAGCUUCCCUUCUUCAAGGUCAAGAACGCCGUUCGUUUCGGAUUCUGGACUGCUGAGGAAUUCGGUCUCGUCGGUUCCGAGCACUACAUCACCAACCUCUCCGAGGAAGAGCGACAGAAGAUUGCCCUCUACCUCAACUUCGACAUGGUUGCCUCUCCCAACUUUGGCUACUUUGUCUACAACGGUGACGGCACCCACUUCCCCAACAUCCCCCCUGGCCCCCCUGGAAGCGACCACAUCGAGGACACCUUCAACAACUGGUUCGCCAAGAAGAAGUUGCCCAGCGCUCCUACCGAGUUCAGCGGUCGCUCCGACUACGGACCCUUCUUGGACGUCGGUAUCCCUGCUGGUGGUCUCUUCACCGGUGCUGAGGGUAUCAAGACUGAGGAGCAAGCUGCAUUGUUCGGUGGUGAGGCUGGUGUUGCCUACGACGCUUGCUACCAUCUUGCUUGCGAUGGUCUCGACAACCUCAACCGUGAGGCUUGGCUCCAGAACAGCCGCGCUGCUGCCCACUCUGUUGCCACCUACGCUCGCUCGCUCGAGGGCAUUCCUCGUGGACCUCGUGCCCUCAACGCCAGGUCGCCGUCCAUUGCUUCCCUCGGUCAUGAAGCGAGGAGGCAUCAAUCUUGCGGCCAUGAGAUUGCUGUGUUGUAA